GGCGGCAACGAGGAGAUGCUGCAGCUCUGGUGAUGCUUAGCAAGCUUCGCCUCCACUCUUGCAUCUGAAAGCAGGAGAGAAGCAAGGACUUCCUGUGUGAUCUCGUUCAGCUGACUGCAGCCUAGCUUCCUCUCCGGGAGCUUUCUGCUUCUGCAGAACGGGGACGAGGAAGGUUUGUGAGGGUUGCUGCAAAACUCCGAGAGCCGCCCGGGACCUCCGUGCACCAGAAGUAAUAGAAGCAGCCAUAAAUGUGGAUCGUUCACAGCAGCGGGUCAAGCUUUUCCUGUUUCCCUGCCUCCCAGCGACUCCGCGCGCCUGCCUCGGCUCAGCAGCCCUGCCGCAGAUAGCCUCGGUGGAGCGGGGCUGAUGGCCGUGGAGCUCCUACCGGCCUUCACCAUCACCACAGUCACCCGUCUGAGUGCCUGGUAGAGAAUUACGAUCUAAAACGUCGCCUUUCAGUCGGCUGUAGUGCCGCAGGAAGCUCGAGGGGGAAGUAGCGGCAGAGCGAGGCGCAGCAUCGCACCGUGCAUGGUGCUGCGGUUUGGGGGCGAGUGGAUGCGCAAACGAAGCUGACCCAGAGAUGGCUGUUCUGAAACUGGCCGACCAGCCUCCUCUUAUCCAGGCGAUCUUCAGCGGAGACCCUGAAGAGAUCCGAAUGCUUAUAUACAAAUCUGAAGACAUCAAUGCCCUGGAUCCAGAGAAACGCACCCCGCUGCAUGCAGCAGCGUUCCUGGGAGAUGCAGAGAUCAUCGAGCUCCUCAUCCUCUCCGGGGCCAGAGUCAAUGCCAAAGAUAACAUGUGGCUUACCCCUCUGCAUCGCGCCGUGGCAUCCCGCAGUGAGGACGCCGUGCGGGUUCUGAUCCGACACUCUGCAGACGUGAACGCGCGGGACAAGAACUGGCAGACGCCGCUGCACGUUGCCGCCGCCAACAACGCUCUGAGGUGCGCCGAGGUCAUCAUCCCCCUGCUGAGCAGCGUGAACGUGUCGGACCGCGGCGGGCGGACCGCGCUGCACCACGCCGCCCUCAACGGUCACACAGAGAUGGUGAACCUGCUGCUCGCUAAAGGAGCCAACAUCAACGCCUUCGACAAGAAGGACGGCCGGGCGCUGCAUUGGGCCGCUUUCAUGGGUCAUUUGGAAGUAGUGCGUCAGCUGGUGAGUCAGGGUGCAGAGAUCAGCUGUAAGGACAAGCGGGGGUACACGCCUCUUCACGCUGCAGCGUCCAGCGGACAGCUGUCCGUGGUCAAACACCUGCUCAACCUGGCUGUAGAGAUUGACGAGGCCAACGCGUUUGGCAACACGGCGCUCCAUGUCGCCUGUUUCAACGGCCAGGACGCCGUCGUCAGUGAGCUGAUCGACUACGGCGCCAACGUCAGCCAGCCCAACAACAAAGGCUUCACCCCGCUGCACUUCGCUGCUGCCUCCACACACGGCGCGCUCUGCCUGGAGUUCCUGGUCAACAACGGGGCUGACGUUAACGUGCAGAGCCGAGACGGGAAGAGUCCUCUUCACAUGACGGCGGUUCACGGUCGCUUUACCCGCUCACAGACCCUCAUCCAGAACGGCGGAGAGAUCGACAGCAUGGACAAGGACGGCAACACCCCGCUUCACGUUGCCGCCCGCUACGGCCACGAACUCCUCAUAAACACGCUCAUCACUAGCGGAGCGGACUGCACAAGACGAGGAGUCCAUGGGAUGUUUCCUCUCCACCUGGCAGCCUUGAACGCUCACUCCGACUGCUGCAGGAAGCUGCUGUCCUCAGGUCGGAGGUUUAGCAUUAUGUGUAACGACUCGGUCCUGUCCGCAGGCUUCCAGAUAGACACCCCGGACAGCCUCGGGAGAACGUGCCUGCACGCAGCCGCUGCUGGAGGUAAUGUGGACUGUGUCAAACUGCUGCUGAGCAGUGGGGGGGAACAUGACCGCAGAGACAAAUGUGGCAGGACUCCGCUUCAUUAUGCAGCAGCGAGCCGUCACUUUCAGUGUCUGGAGACCCUGGUAGCUUGUGGCAUUGACAUUAAUGCGACCGACCAGUGGGGGCGCUCUGCCCUGCACUAUGCUGCUGCCUCAGACCUGGACAGAAGGCGGCGUGUUGCCCUGGAGCCAGAGAGCGAGGGAGUGCAGGCGGAGAGGGAGAAGGAGGCCGCGCUAUGUUUGGAGUUCCUGCUGCAGAGCGGAGCGACGGCCUCGGUCAAAGACAAACAGGGCUACAGUCCUGUCCAUUACGCUGCCGCCUUUGGUCACAGGCACUGUCUGGAACUGCUGCUGAACAGAGACGAUGGACCUCAAGAAGAUCCUGAGUCUCCUCAUGCCAGGAGCCCUCUGCACCUCGCUGCAUACCACGGCCACGCCCAGGCUCUGGAGGUCCUGCUGCAGGGGGAGAGGGAGGUGGACCAGACCGACGAGGCAGGACGGACCCCUCUGGCCCUGGCCGCCCUCCGGGGCCACACCGACUGCGUUCACACGCUCCUCAGCCAGGGGGCGUCGCCGCACUCCAGUGAUCAGCAGUACAGCCGUUCACCUGUUCACCUGGCAGUGAUGAACGGCCAUACUACGUGUGUGCGCCUCCUGCUGGAUGAAUCGGACGGUGCGGAGCUCAUUGAUGCCGCCGACUCUCAGGGACAGACGCCUCUGAUGCUGGCGGUGGCUGGAGGUCACGUCGACGCCGUGUCGCUGCUGCUGGAGCGGGAAGCCAACGUCAACAUGGCCGACAGCCACGGCCUCACAGCCCUCCACCUCGGGCUGCUGUGUGGCCAGGAGGAGUGCAUCCAAUGUCUGCUGGAGCAAGAGGCCUCAGUGUUGCUAGGAGACUCUCGGGGUCGCACCGCCAUCCACCUGGCCGCCGCACGAGGCCACGCCUCCUGGCUGAGCGAGCUUCUGAGCAUCGCCUGCUCAGAGUCGCCCUCUCUGCCCCCACUGAGAGACCACGGCGGGUACACGCCUCUGCACUGGGCCUGCUACUACGGCCAUGAAGGGUGUGUGGAGGUUCUGCUGGAGCAGAAAGGCUGCCGGUGCAUCGACGGGAAUCCGUUCACUCCUCUACACUGCGCGGUGUUGAACGAUCAUGAGCCGUGUGCGUCGCUGCUGCUGGAGGCCAUGGGGUCGGACAUCGCUGGCUGCAGUGACGCUAAGGGCAGGACUCCUCUCCACGCCGCGGCGUUCAGCGGCCACGUAGACUGCAUCCAGCUGCUCCUUUCCCAUGAUGCACCUGUGGACACCGCAGACCAGUCAGGCCGCACUGCACUCAUGAUGGCAGCUGAGAAGGGCCGGGCCGAAGCUCUUGACUUGCUGUUGUCCAGCGCUAAUGCCAACCUCAGUCUAACAGACAAAGAUGGCAACACUGCCCUGCAUCUGGCUUGCAGUAAUGGGAAAGAAGACUCUGUGCUGUUGAUCAUGGAGAAGAUGUCUGACUCUUCACUCAUAAAUGCCACAAAUGCAGCGCUGCAAACUCCGCUCCACCUGGCUGCCCGCAGCGGCCUGAAGAGGGCGGUCCAGGAGCUGCUGUCCAGAGGAGCCAACGUCCAGACGGCCGAUGAGAACGGUCUGACCCCUGCUCUGGCUUGUGCUCCUAGCAGAGAGGUGGCUGACUGUCUGGCUCUCAUUCUGGCUACCAUGAUGCCUUUCUGCUCCCCUUGCAGCUCUGGAGCUCCCUCCCCAGGCUCCCUGCUGAGGCAGCUGCCCCACCAGGGGGGUAAAGGCGUGGCCGCCGGCCCUCGGGGACCCCGCAGCCCCAGGAACCCCUCGGGACCUUCCAGCGAGGGAACUACUGAGAACGACUCGGAGGACUCUGAAACGUUUUGAUGAUCCUUACCUCGAGCUGGUCACCCGGACUCCUCAGCAGAACGGCGCUCCUGCCAAGCAGAGCGGGACGCUGGUCAGCAUGAAGCUCCAAGGGAUUCAGUGUUACGGAAAGAAGCAACUUUACAAUCAUCAUUUACAGAUAUUACAAAAAAAAUAUAAAAUAAUAAUCUCAGAAAAUAAUUUCUAAUUUAUCCUUUAAAUAAUUUAUAAUAUUUUCAUUAGCUUUUUUUCUCUUUUCUUUUUUUGAAUCAUGUCUGAAUCUAUUACAAACUAAAAUUUAUUUUUAAAUCCUUUUUUUCUAACUGCCGGGUUUUGUUUCGCUGCGAUACAUUCUUGGGAUUUUGUGAGAAACGUAAUAAACUUUUCGCGCCUCAUGAAGAAGUCAAAUCAAAAUCUAACUUUCUUCACUUUCAAAUUUUAGGUUAUUGGAAAAAAAAACUCUAUAGCUUAUAAAAAAUAAUGAGGAAUCUAUAAAUCUGCUCGGAAUUGGAUGUUGACUGAUCAUUGCACCAUUAGCUGUGUUUCCACUGUAGGAGCCGUUUUCAGGUUCCUGGGGCUAAUCUUUGGACAGUCUCUGGGUUCAUUCACGAAAAUCAGUCUAACAUUGGAAAAAAAAAGAAGCUUGGACUUCUCCGAAAAGCUGAGAGCGAGCUUUAAUUAUUACAACUUUGUGAAUAUUACUAAUUUCCCUCAAAUUGGAGCGACUCUACUUCUGUUUCACCAGCAACUGUAAAGCAGUCAGCUGCUCAGGUUCAGGUUGGAGAUCUUUCUAGUCGUCUGCACAGGAAGACUUCAGUUCUUGUUACAAUUUUACGUACUUUUUAAGUGCAAUUACUCCUCGGUUAAAAUCAUAGCUUUUUAGUUUUAUCCACUUGGUGGUUAAACAGGACGCCAGGAUCGGAGCUAUUAUUUUAAAAUCCCUCUACAGUUUUACAGUUCUUUCCUUAGCUUUGAAACUGUAGGCGCUAUGAAAAAAUCUGAAAUCAAUGCUGCAUUAGUCAGUUUUGUUUCUUGGUUUGAUUCUGGGCAAUAACCGAAUAACAAUAUAUAUCGCGAUACACUUAAUAUCAGUAAUUCAAUACAUGCAAUAGAAUUUUCAAUCAUUUCAUUGAGCUUCAGAACCGAACAGCAUUCUGGGGGAUGUAGGGAGAGGGAAAGGCUUUAGCUGGCCAGCUAAGCACAGUUGAUGACGUCAACAAACUCACUUACUGUUUGGUUACCUAGCAACAACCUAUUAAGUAACUUGCGCAGCAACAGCUUCAUGUUUCACCCCUGUGUCUCACUGCUUCAAUAUAAAAAAACAACAGCAUGCAUUGCAAAGAGAAGAAGCUGGAGAGGAAAUUGAAUAAAACAGGGAAGGUCACAUCACCGGUUUGGCAGUAUUUCACAUAUUUAAGACAAAAAACGAAUCAAUAAUUAUUGAUAUCGAUUGAUAUGAAGCCCUAAUAUUGUAUCACGUCUUUCAGCCCUGCAGUGGAAACACAAACGGAUGCAGUUUGGGAGCCGAGAGCUGAAACGCGUGUCGGUUUAAAAGUAAUAAGAGGACUUGCUUAAUUUUUCUAAACAUUCAGACUUGAUUGAAAUUAAUAUGAAGAAGUAGUAUUUUUUAUUUAUUUAUUUUUUUGCAUUAGUUUUUAGUUAAACAGAUGACGUGGUCCAGCUGUUACACAGUGAACCCUUGGGGCUCCACAUCUUCACAUUGCGUCUGCGGACAGUUCCUCUCCUCUGACUCGGAGCAGGACGUCCGGCGGCUCUUAUUCGUUUCUUCCCUGGACCGGCGCCAUGCGGCCGGCCCGCCCACUCGGUUCCCGAACGAGGAGAGCUCCAUCGGGACCGGCUUCAGGGCCGGUCUGCACGCUUACACCGACUGACGCCGCAGUUGGUGCUUACGCUCACGGGUGCUUCAAUCUAAACUAACCUCGGUACUUAGCAUCUGCAUGGCAAAGCCAUGCCACUCUGAGACAAGGUUUCUUUCUUUCUUUCUUUUUUUUUUUUUAAAGCCAUUUUAACUGUUUGUACACAAUUAAGAUUAUUAAGAAAUUCAAGUGUAGUUUUAAGUUUUUUAAAACUUGUACCAAAUAUUUGACUUCCAUGCAUAAAUAAUUAGCAUGUACUGAAGGGUUACAUGAGCAGGUACUUUUUGAAAUAUUUUACCAGCUUAAAAGCACAAGUUCGGAGUUGGCUGCGUGGUUUUAUGAAAUGUGUCCAGAAUGUGAAUAGUGCAGCCUCGAUGAGAUGCUUGGUAGUUUAAUGUUCACCAGGAGAGAGAGAGAGAGAGAACGGGUACAUCUCAGUUCCACCAACAGAAAAAAGUCACACACAUCAUUGGCUGGAUUUCACCAAAAAUGAAAGAUUUUACAAGGUACGAUAUAAAUGUGUUACCAGCUCAUUGAUAUCGCUGUUCCUUCUCCGAUGAAGACUUUUAUUUUCUAGUUGAUUUCAGUCAAAUUCUUUGGCAGCUAACAAAAAUGCUACUCCAUUAAACAACAUACUAGCUUCUUUGUUUGCCCGAAUGAUAUCCCAUCACACGCCGCAUCUGCUAAAACAUGUUUUCCUUAACAGAGAAAGGUUUCUGUGUCACACAGAACAAGCUAAUGGUUGUCAUUUUGUGAACAUUGAUAACUGUUUUAAACAAAACGGUCUUAUUUAAACCGUCAGCUGUUAGCUUGCACAUUAGCAACUAGAUUUGCCCCAGCCAGAAGAUGCCAGGCAUUUUGUUACACAAGCUAAUGCUAGCCAUGUUGCGAAAAUUGCUAAUAUUAUAGCCAUUUUAAACAAAACGCGUAAACUCCUCUUAGCUUGGAUAAAAUUAUCAACUCGAUUUACCCCAACGAGAAGAUGGGAGUUAUUUUGUUAAACAUCGUGACUGACAACCAAUGAUUUAAGGUUAUUUGUAGUUUACUGCAAGAAAAUGUGAUUCAAUUUAAUGUUAAUAUGAGCUAGCAGAAGAGCAGCUAGUUGUUGUUAAAUCUGGUUUUAUAAUCUGUCAUAUUUCACAGGAGUCAGCUGGUCGGAACCGAAGUAAAUGAGAACAGGGUGUAAUGUUGAGAUUUAAACAAAAAUAUCCAACAGCAUUAAUAAUAUGUGGGAUGUGAGCAUAUUGUUGCUAUCUUUGAAAAAUCAUUAAAAAUACUUUACGUAGAGGAACAUUGGUACAACAGAGUUACAGACAUAAAAAAGAUUCAGGAUGAAGGUACGAGACGUACAAAUUAGCACGGUAACGUUUCUUAGCAGAUCUUCGUGUGUAAAGUGCUAAGAGUCAUCUUACAUGGGAAACUUGCGUUUUCUACCAGGAAAUUCUUUAUUCUGGUAGAAAACAGAACCUGAUCCAAGUGAGUCGGCUAAAAUGUCUUCACCAGCAGAUCUGUGGAGACAGGAGAAAGACGCCGCUGCUACAUGAAUCUAUAUCUUCAAACUUUCAAAAUUCUCCUUCAAGGUGAAAAGAAAUUGACACUUGGGGGAGGAGGGCGGGGGGGAAGCACCAGACAAACAAAAUAAAAAGUAUUUGCGUAGAAUACCAGCUGGCCUUACUUUUAAAUAUCGGUAUGGGCAUUGGCCUUAGAAAACCGCAGAUCGGUCCAGAUGAUGUGUGGGGAUGACUCGUUGAGGGAACAGCGGCGUACCCGUCGAUGGAACGCAGUAUUUGUGCAGACGUGGACGAAUGAUGAGAUUAUCACGUAGAUUAAUGCGUUUUGUCCCGCAGUCUUAAACGGCCUCCUGCACUUUGACCUCUCCAUGUGAACCACCCGGUUGUGCGCGUUUGCACACUUUACAGUUCAGAGUAGCACGGUUUCCAGAUUCCCAGAAAAAGACCAAAAGUCUCCUGUGGUGAAAAUGUCUUCUUAGCUCAGUUCUUUGUGCUAUUUAUUAACUUCAUCAUGAUGGUACAAAUACUGCCAGCACUUAAAUGUAAAGUUACACAGGGCCUUGACCACUCCUCCCUCUUUCCUCACCCCCAUUUGUCUGCAUACCAGCAACGUGCCAUCGUCUCUAACGUGUCCAGUGCCUUGAUGUUGAUUCACGUGGUUCGUUUUAUAAUAUUUUCUAUUUGUAAAUUUCGGAAAUGAUGUUUUUUUUUUUUCUUUUAAAGGAUAAGUUCACCAAAAACUCCAAAUAACUUGUAUGUUAAUAAAAUUCACUUGAAUACUUGAAGAUUCUCUCGCCUUGGGUUUACUGCUUUGGCUUUUUGUUGGUUCUUCUCCGUGAAAUGAAGUCAGACGUCGGGAAAACUUCGCGAUUUUAAAAAUAAUCCGCCGGUUUCAAUCCGUGAAGAGAAUAUUGGAAAUGCCUUGAGAAGAGAUCGAGUUGCCAUUAGAAAAUCAAGUUAUGCUAUUGUGUGAACUUAUCCUUUAAUAUGUGGAGACAUGGACUUUACGUUGAAUGAGAAAGUGUUUUUCCCCCCCCCCCCUUCCUGUCUGGAGAUUUUCCUUUGUUUAGAUUUACUGCCAACAUUUCUGAGGAUGAGACCAAAUUAAUCGGACAUGUUGAACCGACCCCUCUGCUGUUACUCCAAAUCAAAACCCUCAUGCCUGUACUUACAGGUCAUAAUAAACAAAGGAGUACCUCCAGGUUUUUCUUUAAAGUUGUGUGUGUAAGUUGGCUUUAGGUACUGAUAUGAAAACGACUAGUCACAGCUUUGUACGAAAACACUUCCCAUAAUGGAUGGUUGGUGUUUGGGUUCAAACGAUUAUGAACUAAUAAGCACACAGAUGGUGAACAAGCACAGUGUGUUUCUGCCUGUGAGUCCGAGUCUGGCCACCAGUAUUAUUAUUAUUAUUAUUAUUAUUGUACAAGAAGAAGAGCUUAGGCAGGCCUGACAAUCUCCAUCGUCACGUGUCUGAUGAUUUUCAUACCAGUUCCUGAUGCAGUAUGACAUGCUGAGGGCUGUUUGUCAGCAACCUUUCUUUUAUAGCAGCUGUACAAAUAAAACUAAAAUCUGUUUGAA